AUGCUGACUUCUGCUGCAACUGAGAACUUUGGAAGGCUCACCCUCCUACGAUUCCUUCUUGCCGUCAUUGUCACGGGCGCCCAGGCCAAGAAGGCGGAGGAUGCAGAACCCAAGAAGCCACCGACCAAGGCCCUUGACGUGCUGAGUGAUAGCGAGUCGUCCGGUGACGACGACGAUGAUGACAGUCCCCCGACCUUCGAGUGGACCACCAUCAUCAAAAAGUCUUUGGUUGCUUCCACU